CUACUGUAUCAUAGAGCCAGUGUGAUAUGUUUGUAGACAGCUUAGCAGCUCAAACAUGGCUGAUUAGAACACAAAUUGUAGACGGCAGCUCAGUCAAUGGAUUUAUCCCCAGUGAUCCAUGCUUGGGGUUGGGCAGUGCAGGGGCUGGCACUACUGGUCGGAAUAGGUUGAUCUCAGCUUCUACAGGAAGGAGUUUAUGAUGCACGAUGUCUUCACUUUUGUGUGUGCAACAACCAGGAGGAUCUGUUAAGAUCCAUUCUGAAGAUUUAGUACAGGAACUUACACAAGACAAGGAUGCACCGCAACUUCACAUCAUGUCAGCAAGUAGAUGUAGACGAUCUAGCAGAAGAUCGAAUUCAUCUGUGUCUAACCACCGCCAGCCAGGAAGUAAUGGAGUAGACUCCAAAAGUCUCAUUGGCCAGUCCUUGAAAAUACAGGAUUGGUUGAAUGAAAAAACAGUGAAAGACUUACAGGAGAAGUCUGACUCUGAAUCAAAAUCUGUGAAGAAAUUGUAUGGACCAUUAUUGGAAGCCGAGACUACCUUUGUCAAGGAAGUUGACGAGUACCUGGAAGACAAGGAUCUCCUGGAUCUCAGGAAGAAGGAGCUCCUGCACAAGAAGUGGAAUGACCAGGUCUAUGAGCCCCUCCGGAAAGAGAUCAUUGAUGUCAUGGAUGGCUAUGAUUGGCCAGAUCUUGACCGCAGGAAACGAGAGAUGCACAAGCAGUACUUGGAGUUUCUGAAUGAUAAGGGUCAUGUAUUCCUGGACACCAUGGAUCCUAGGGAGUAUUAUGCACAGGCCCUCACUGGCCACAGACCUGCACCCAUCAAGGUUGAGACAGCAGCACUCCGAGACCCGCUGUUGUCCCAGGGCCGAGAGCGGAACAUGGAAGAACGGACCAUUUUGAGAUGCAUGACCGGAACACGAUACACAGACCGUGAUCUGGAACAGGUCAAGCUGCCCCCCCUCCCACUGGUCCCCCUUGGGCGCCAUGGCACCGACAGUCUGCAGUGGCUGCAGAUGCCAUUAGUCAAUAUAGAGAGUUCUCCAAGACAGAUAAGCAGGCGCCGAAUGCACGGCCACGGAACAACCAGCUUGUUAAAUUUCGAGGAGUGGGCCAAACAAUCGUUUGACCCCCGAGUUGUCGACCAAGAGCUGCAGUGUCAGAAGAAACGCAUGUUCAAGGUGACCCCACCCUACAAUACAGUCCCUGUGGAGGUGCCACGCCCACCCAUGAUCAUGAAACAGGACAGAGGGGAACAUCAAGUUGUCACCAAAUGUAUCUGAUCUGACCGAUACUUGCCCAUGUCGGAAUCUCUAUCACUGUCAAUGUUGGAGUGUGAAACUUUACCAAAUUUGCAAAGUAGCAAUAAACAUUGCAUUUGAAAAUUAAAAUCAACCUAAUUUUUCUAUCAGCAGUGCAAAUAAUCAGUUGUAGGGUGAAAAAUAGUCCAGUCUCACAGUCCCUGAACCAUAUUACUUUCCCUUCCGCCCAGCCCUUAAAACAAAAGCCCUAAAUGAGGCAAGUCUAGAUAUUCCUCAGGUAUCUCUGAUAUUUCUGGGUCUCCUUUUCAAUUUAAAUGGAGUUAUUUGUUUCUAUCAAUAAUAUGUAGAUUCAGAGACUAAGCGUUAGUCUAUGUGAAAAACCACCAGUCAGUUUAUGCUAAACAUUUUCAUUGCAUUUAUUGAUCCUUGUUAAAAGGUAACUGGAAAGAACAAGACUAUCAAUGGGACUUAUUUUUAUGAACCUUCAAGGUUGAAUUAUACACCGAUUAAAAUUCUUCCCUUUGUAAACAAGAAUAAUUGAAUAAUAAGAAUAAUUUUCUUUUGAUAAACUAAAGAUUUUGAUAUUGGGGUCAAUGAAUUUAAUAUUUUUAAGACUUGUGUUUUAACAGUGUUGGAUAUGUUUUAAGUGCCUAUGGUGUGCUCUAAACAGUGUUCUGAACCAUUAGUGAUUUGUUUAACUCACAAUGAACUGAUUUUGUUUAAUAUUGUGUUAUUUCUUACAGAACGUUUAUUCAAUAUAUUCAAACCUUGAAUGCAUAUGUGAUGGUUGAAAGUUAUUUGAAUCAUUGUUUAUUUUUUAUUCAAUUUCUUUUUACCUAUGUCUUGCAAAUUGAGUGAUGUCUUUUACCCAUCACAGAUCUUUUGGGUCUCCAAAACAUGGUUGUUAGGUAAACUUAUUUGAAAUAUUUCUGUAUGAUUUUUAACCAAGCAAAAAUAUUAUUUUCAAACAAUUGAAAGGUAAUUUAUAUCGAUGUUUCUUCACAGGUUCAUAUGAACACAAGAAGUAACACUUCCAUAUUUGCACCCGUUUUAUUGAACAAAUAUGUAAAAUCAAUUAUAUAACAUUAUUCUGAGGAACAUAUUUCUUGUAUUUGAUAUACUGCUGACUUUUUGUACAGUACAUUCUUCUAUAGUACCUAAGUACAUCUUCCUGUGGCUGCCUCUGUAGGCACUAACUGCUGUUUAUAUAUUGCUCAAAAGGCUGCUAUUUGUACAUAUACAAGUUAUUUAUGUAGAUGCAUGUUUAUAUACUAUACAGUAUUGUCUUUCAUCCAGCGUGAUUGCCUUAGCUAACAAGCAGUAUUAUCUAACACUGAAGGCAACAUGACUUGGACAAGUCUAACUGAAAGUUGCAUUUGGACCAGGAUGAUUUUGAUGUUUUUAUCAACAAUAAAUGAUGGUUUGUUAUUGUUACCAUGGAAACGAUUGGAAAGUGAAGUGUAUUGCAAACGUUUCAACUUGUCAAGUCUUGUUGCCCAGUACUUUUUUUUUCUAGGCAAUUGUUCCUUGUUGGAAAAUGUUUAGUGUACAUUAAUAAACAUUCUUUUUACAUGA